AUGAAGAAGGCAGAUAAGGAAUAUGUGGAUAGUGAGUUAAAUAAGAAGGCAAAUUUGGUUUAUGUUGAUGAAAAAGAUAAUGAAAUUAAAGAAAAGGUUGAAUGGUAUCAUGAAUGGACAUUUGAGACUUUUAAAGUUAAAGCUGAUACAGAAUGGGUUUCAGGAUGUUUAGACCUUAAAGCAGAUAAAACUUAUGUUGAUGAAAAUUAUGCAAAGAAGUCGGAAGUAAAUGAUGUGAUUACAAGCAUGAAAAAUGAAAUACUUCAAACAUUAUAUCCUGUUGGUUCUAUUUAUACGUCAAUGAACUCAACAAAUCCUUCAGAAGUUUUAGGUUUUGGUAUGUGGAAGCAGAUUGUGGAUAAAUUCUUAUACUGUGCUAGAUAUUCAAAGCAAACAGGAGGUUCGAAGAAAAUUAAAGAAGCAAACUUACCCCCACACACUCAUACAGGAACUACAAACUUUUCUGGCGACCAUAGCCACUCAUUAAGAGACCACCCAUUAUACAACUCAGAAUAG